AUGAUAAAGCACACUACCGUGCAGCGUGAAACACACUCUCCCAAAGAUCUGAGUAGACAAAACAAAUCGCUAGAUGUAAAAGAUGCUAGGUGGAAGGCACUUCGGGAAUUAGAUGGUUGGAAUUUUGAUGGAGAUCGACUCAAAGCAAUCAACUGUGACGCCAUGUCCAUUGCGGCUUCCAAGUUCAAAAGAAUUUCGUUUCGAAAAUAUGACUGGUUUGGUAAUCAGCUGUUCUCGUACGGGAAAGAAGUGGAUAUCUUCCGACAAAUAUGCCACUUCCGACGGGGUUCCUUGGUAUCUCACACACUGCAUCAGCAGAGCCGAACAAUACCGAUGCUUAUCAACUUUCCCAAGUUGUGCGAAGUAACCGACAAUGAACGCGGCACGUUGGAUUUGUUGAUCCUGAUCAAAUCUCGUAACACACACUAUAGUCUGCGUGAGGCAAUACGAAAGACUUGGGGUAACGAUAUGUGUUGGUUAGGAAAGACAGUGCGACAUGUGUUUGUUCUUGGAAAGCACAACGAUUCUAAGGAACAAGAACGUAUCGUACAGGAGGCAAAAUAUCACGGUGAUAUAAUUCAAAGAGAUUUCAUAGACCACUACUCAAACAACACAUACAAAACGAUGUUUGCAUUUCAAUGGGCUAUCGCAUACUGCCCGGAGGCACCAAUCUAUUUGUUCGUUGAUGAUGACUUUUUCGUCAGUCCAGUCGAGGUCGUGGCUUUCCUAGAAAAGUUAGACCCCUGGAUAGUACAACAUCAGAUCGUCGGAUCCCAGAUACUGAUGUCACGUGUGGUAAGAAAUGGUACUGGACCGUCAAAAUGGGCGCUGAGUAAAGCUGUCUACCCAAACGCGUAUUAUCCAAACUACGUGUCUGGUGGAUUCUACAUGAUUGGCCGAGAAUUGGCUCUGGAUUUGUAUAUUGCAACACAAUUCACGGGAUUUCUUCCGAUUGACGACGCUUACUUAGGUUUGGCCCUGAACAAAUUGCUCGUUCAAAUGGGGCACAAAAAUUACAUUCACAUGGGAGGAAAGAGAAAAAUGCUCAAGUCCCAUUUCGAAAGGUUCCUCGGUUUACAUGGCUACCACACAGCAUCUCGCCAGAGGCUAACGUGGAAGCUAGUUGUACCAAAGACCGUUUGUAGCACAUCUUUACCCGAUAAAGCUUCUGGCAUGAUAUCCCCAAUAAGAAGAAUGGGGAAUAAAAACGACAUCGCUGGUUCACGCUAA